AUGAGCGGACACCCCACCAGGUGGCAAUUACUCUUCAAGCGAAGCUCACAUCCCGAUUCUGAAAAUCGAAAGGCCACCACCAUGCCUUAUGGACCUGCACCGCCAAUGCCUCCGGCGGUCGAGGCGCACCGGACAAGGCGGGAUCACCCGUUAGAGCGCUCCCCAAGUCGCCCAUCAAAUCGCUCAUCAGGUUGCCCGUCAGAACGCCCGUCUGGGCGCGAUCGCCCGUCUGAUCGGCCGUUAGAUCGCACGUCAGGUCGCCCGUUAGAUCGCUCGUUAGACCGCCCGUUCGAUUACCCAUUAGAUCGCCCGUUAAGUCGCCCAUCAGAUCACCCGUCAAGCCGUCACGCAAGUCGCCCGUCUAGUCGCCAGUCAACCCCGGUGUCGAGCCCGGCGCUAUCGUCGGUAGACCAUUUUUCCUCGCGGACAAGUCUAGGUCUAUCUAAGAAACCCUCAUCACUAGCUGCCAACGACUCAAACUUCAAACUCCAAACUUUCAAAUACGACGCUACGCUUAGCAAUACAACUGUGACACACAAGAUUAACGGUUAUAAUGAGGUCUGGGUUCAGGAACGAAGGCUUGGGGGCGGGGCAUACGGAGAUGUGUAUCUCCAAAGAAGUAAAGAUGCCAGGAACUCGGUUCGUGCGGUAAAAGCAAUCACCAGGAGCGCUCACAUGAACGAUAUAAAGGCCAUCAAGAGGGAGUUGAAUGCGCUGAUAACCCUGCGAAAGCAUAAAGAUCAUUUUGUUGAUUUCUAUGGAUGGUACGAGGCCACAGAUAACAGUGGUACCGUAUUUAUCGCUAUGGAAUAUAUCUCCGCAGGCGACCUAUCAACAUACAUGGAGGAUGACCCAGCGCUGGCAAAGGAGAACUGUAAAACAAUUGUUAGGCAAAUUCUGGGGGCUCUUGUGAUAAUGCACCAACAUGAUUUCUGUCACCGAGACCUGAAGCCACAGAACGUACUUGUGGCUUCGACAUCACCUCUAAGGCUGAAGCUUGCGGACUUCGGCAUUGCGAAAUCAACGAGCCAGGACAGUGUGAUGAGGACCGCAAUCGGCACAAGCAAAUAUAUCGCCCCAGAGGUCUAUAAUUUGCUUAAUUUGGGGCCAGAAGAAGAGUACAGUCAAGCUGUCGAUAUGUGGGCUUUGGGGACCAUCGCCCAUGAGAUCAUGACAGGAUCAAUACCAUUUUGCGCCCCUGCGCCCACGAACAAUACCCGUACCCAGAAUGACAAAGAUAACGCAGUCAAUAACGAUGACAGCGCGAUGUUCAGCGGGAUAACCUAUGGCAACUCUGGACGGAGCACCAAGAGUACUACAAGUAAUACAAACAUAAGGGAGUUGAUAGAAUUUUGCGAUGGAAAGAGAGACUUUCCUCUUGCAAGAUCAGCGAAUGGCAAAUUGGCAUAUUCCUCCAUAUUCAAGGACUUCAUACUAUGCGUCCUUGUCCCUCAACCAACCCUCCGCUUAACCGCCGCCAGAGCACUUGAGCAUCCAUGGAUCAACGAAAACGUCGCUUUAGUCGAACCUUGGCACCACGCUAUCAAACCUCCCGUUUCCCGCACAUGGUCUGGUUUUACUCAAACUGAACGUUUUGAAGCUGAGCGUUUCGAGGCUGAACGUCUUGAAGUUGAACGUCAAGUCGCUGAAGAUGAGCGUAUCCGACUUGCAAGGGCUCGGAUUCGUGGUCUCACGGGCGUGAUAAGGGCCACCAAAGUGUUUCGUGGAAUGGUUCCACCACGCCCGACAGUUACCGAUGAAGAAGAGGAAGAAGAAUUUCAGAAUUAUGAUUCUUAUAGAGGGACUGAGCGACGUGAUGAAACCAGAUACUCAGGGGAUCAAUAUUCAGAGGUUGACUACGCGUACGACGAAGCUGAAUUCGAAGCCGAGCGUGAUAAAGCCCAGCGUGCUGCAGUCGAGCGUGCUAGAGCCGAACGUGCUAGAGCCGAACGUGCUGAAGCCGAACGUGCUGAAGCCGAGCGUGUGGACCAGGAGCGGCGUUCAAAAGUUGCGAAAGCUAAUAUCCUUGGCCUCAGGGGAAUGCUCAAGGCCGUUAAACGGUUCCGUCAAGCAGUUCCACGCCCCGAAGCUACGGAUACAGAAGACCCUGGUUAUCAUCAUCCUCGGCGUGAGGAUGUAUAUGUCAGGCACUCACAAGAUCGGCGUGAGGAUUCCAGGCACUCCCUAGAUUACCGUGAUCGCGAGGAUGCCAGACAUUCACAGGAUUGGCACGGGGAUGCCAGGCAACAACAACAGGAUCGGCGUGCAAAAGCUGGGCGGCUUCAACACAAGCAUAUAUCUGAAGCUGAGCGUGCUUUCCUUGCAGCUGAAACUGAGCGACGUAUGCGAAGUAAGCUUGCAAGAUCUCGGCUCCUUGGUCUCACGGGAGUAUUGAAGGCAACCAAAAAAUUCCGUCAAUUGUCAGUUUCGCAUCAAACACAUACGGAUCACGCAUAUACGGAUCACACGUAUACGGAUCAUGAAGACCUUAAUGAUGAUGUCGAUCCUUUGGAUACCGGGCGCCCAGCGGUGGAAUCUCAGCGUGCAAGGUUGGAGCGUGAGGGUCGUGCUCAACGUGAAGCUGAAGCUGAGCGUGUGAGGCAGGAGAAAGCGAAAGCUAAAGCUAAAGCUAAUAUCCUUGGCAUCACGGGAAUGUUUAAGGCCAUCAAACAGUUUCGUCGGAAUGUUCCCACACCGGCAGCAGCAGCCCCAGCACCAGCACCAGUUAUCGAUAGAGAUGCGGAAGAGAUCUACGAUCCGCUCAAAAUCAAUCAUAAUAUCAAAUUCACACAGCCCCAGUAUCAGCAUGCUUAA